AUGAAAACCACCAAUCCUAUGCUUCUAAACUUACUAUUAGCUUUCACACUUCUGAUGAGUCGGGUUAAACCAGACCCGGACCCACUCCAAGACUACUGCAUUUCUCCUCCUCCUCCUCCAUCUGACCACCAACACAUCUUCCUCAACGGCAUACUCUGCAAAGAUCCGACACAAGCCACCGUCUCCGACUUCACAACCACCGCAUUAUCCAAACCCGGAAACACCCGGGUCAACCCGUUUAUGAUCAACGUUACUCUAACAACAAUCACCAAUCUCCCGGGUAUCAACACAAUGGGUCUCACAAUGGCUCGGAUAGACUUUGACGCCUCAGGUGUAGUCCCACCGCACGUGCACCCACGCGCCUCCGAAGUAACGGUCUGUCUCGACGGUGUUCUUCUCGUCGGGUUUGUGGAUACGUCGGGUCGGGUCUUUACCCAGGAGCUCCAUCCAGGUGAAACAUUCGUGUUCCCUAAAGGGUUGGUCCAUUUUCUUUACAAUAUGGAUUCGGUGAGCUCAGCUUUGGCAGUAUCGGGUCUGAAUAGUCAGAAUCCUGGGACACAGUUUGUGUCUUUGGUCAACUUUGACUCAAAGAUUGUGGAAGAGGUUUUAGAGAGGGUUUAUCAGAUCAACGGUCGGGAUGUUGCUAAGAUUCGCAAAAUUCUUGGAGAGUAA